CCUUUGUUGGUCAAGGUAUAGAGAUCUUUAAAAGUCUUGCUAACGCGAGCAGGAGAGACAGGUGCAUAUGAUUAGCAAAGGGAGACUAUCAGCAGAAUUUGGUGAGUUGGAUACCUGAAACGAGUAAAGGAAAGCAAUGAUUAUAUUUAUUUGUAGUUUAUAUGGCACUACUAAUGGUUUGAUCAACUGGUUGAAAAUGUUAUACUUAUUGGAUAGCUCAUUCCCGGGGUCUGGUGUUUAGUCCGGAAUGUUGAAGAUUUAAAUGAAGUGGUUUUGGGAGUUGGAACUGUCACCACCUUUUUAAUAUAAGUAUUUCAUCAAAUUGUAAAAUAAAAUGUAAAACAACUUUAAAAAAAAUUUUUUUUUUGACAUAUUUAAUGGAAAAAAAAAACCCUACAUUUAAUAUAGGACAGGAUCCUUCAGCCAUAUACAUGCACUUUGGGUCCGACAGCGUUUGAUCAGUUUGGUCUCUAUGGUUUUCUCAGUUUCUGUGCGGGGAGUGAAGCAAUACCAUAGAGACUAACUGUAAUCAAAUACUGUCUGACCCAAGGUGCAUGUAUAUGGCUGAAGAACCCUGUCAAAUACUGAAGGUGGAGAUGAGGGUUUUUUUUUUUAAAUUAAUUUUUUUACAUAUAUUCAUUUAAAAAAAAAAAAAUCUAUUUCUGUUCAAAACUUGCUAAAAGUAUUACUAUAUUAAAAUGGUAUGAAGGUGAUGGUUGUCCUUUUAAUCCUCUGUGGAGUGUACCGGCCACGAAAGAUUAAAUCUUAGUACAGAUUAAACACCUAACGAUUGUAUGUACUGAUGAAGAGUGCCUCCCUGCAGUAUAUAGCAUUCACACGCUGCAGGCUUACUGAUUAGUUCACUUGAUUGCUCCCUGCUUAUUUGAGUUUUAUUCUACUGUGGAUAUGGCUAUACCAUCAGGGUUACAGUGGCAGUUGUAAGCUGGUUUGAGCAGGGUCCUUAUCAAACUAUUGAUCCUGUCAAUUUGUUAAAUCUGCCCCUUUCUAAUAUUGUAAAGCACUGCAGAGUAUGUUGGCGCUAUAUAAAUGCCAUUAUUAUUCUUACUGAAGAGUUAUCUUUUCUUUGUGUUGACUGAAUAGUAUGCUGGUAUGCAGAAUUCAUAUGCUGCACAAAGGAACUGCCAUGAUAAACUGAAGGAUUAAUCCCCUGGGUAAUAAAAACACUGUGUACUACAAGGCAACACAUUUUGUCUGCUGACCAUCCACAUGAAUAAGGAGUAGCUGUCAAAAUAAAAUGGCAAUAGCACUGCUGGUCCUCCAUCUGUUCUGUGUAUACGUCACUUCUAACUGUGCAGAACAGAAACAUUCUUCAUUGUAGUACGUAGCAUUCAUAUGCUGCUGGAAAGACACCAACCAUCUAUCCUCAUAGAUUUUAAGAUAUAUAUAUAUUGCAAAAAUCCCCUGCACUCUCGCUUUAACCACUUCACUGCCGGGUGCAUCUACCAGGGCUCCAUAUGAUACAAUUCCAGAAUAGAAAUGGCUGCUCUCCGGUCUUUAAAAAUAAAAUUUUUAUUGAAUAAAGUUUAAAAUAACAACCAACGUUUCAGUCCCCGUUCGGGACUUUCUUCAGUGUCAAAAAUAACGAGACAAUUAUUUUUGACCCUGAAGAAAGUCCCGAACGGGGACUGAAACGUUGGUCGUUAUUUUAAACUUUAUUCAAUAAAAAUUUAUUUCUUGUUUGUGUUUCUUUGAGUAUCUCACAAGGAAGCAGAUUCUAUGCUAAUAUAUAGCGCUCCAGGCUAGGCUUCCUUCAAGGAGUGGCUGUCUGUUCAUGUCUCUUACUAAAUAUAGGCUGUCACCACCUGUAUUCACAAAGUACAGCUUUUUAUAGCGUGUGUUUUUAUGUGUGUUUAUUUUGGGUUUUUUUCUCAAGUGUCCCGAACAGUGGUAGGAUUGUGGGACUCCUGUGUACCCAUAAUGCAUUGUGCUAGGGCGCAGAGUUUUUAAGGAAUUGUGACUUGGGAUUUAGAGGUUUUACACAAUCAUGUGUUUAAUAAGAGAGGAUUUCUACAGGAACUUCUCAGUAUCUUAUGAAACACUGAUGGUGACCGUGUUGGGAUUUCAUUAAACGUCCAGCCUAAUCCAAAGAUGCCAUAAGACAAAGUAGGGGCCAAGGUAAAGCCUGAGGCUGACAAAAGGCAGAGCUGUGGCGUCAGAUUGUGUCCAAUCACAAGUAAUAAAUAAAGGCUCUGUAAGUGAGCCAAAACAUGACCUUGUUCCUAUUAAAACUAUAACAAACCAAAAAAAAUUCUACUUUUUGGGAAGCUAUGUGUGCCCAGGCUCUCUGUCUUGCAUUUAGCUGUCAUUAAUGGUUCUGGGAUUCAGUCUUGGUCUCACGCAUCGUAAAGGCGUGAUCUGUGAAGGCUCCCACAGGAUCCUAAAUAAGUGUACCUUCCACCCUAUGGACACGAGACCCUAACCAGAGACGUCACUUUCAGGGGUCUUUAGAAAUUAUACAAAGACCCCCAAAAGUGACAGACCUGCUUAAAGGGACUGUAUUGAUUUGGACUUUAAUAUUGUCACACAGUAACCCUGAGUGAAAAGACUGCUUGUAAGGGGUGCGGCUGUUUCUAUUCAGCUGUGAAAUGACUAACUUUGGCCCAAGCCUUCCUUUUGAAGAAGAAAAAGAAUGUGAGGGGGGGGGCAACAAGCAAAUCUACAUUCUGAUCUGACCCGGGCCACAGCCUAUGACUUGAAAUAGUUUCAAUUCUGGCAAGUGAACCGUAAUUCUCUUAUUUGAUACAAUGACACAUUUGCAGUCAACUAUGUCACUUUAACAAAAGCAACAAUAAAGUUGUGAUCAUAGCAAUGCUAUAACAUUGCAGCGUUAGACAGACUGGUGGUUCUAGCUCUGUCUUAUAAUGAAAAGUAUGAUUCCUACGAAGGUUUCAGGGUAGAUGGGGUUUACAGUGGCUUUGGAAUUCUAGUCUGUAGUAUCAUGAAGGUGCCCCUAACCCUGACCUACAAACCCCCUCUGCAAUGACAUCUGAUUAUUGAUCCAAGAUGUGCUCCUUCUAUGGUGGAAAGUAUAUUUUAGUACAGUGAGGACUAGCUUUGGCACUCAAGCUGUUUCAGAGCUACACAAAACCUCAUUGGAGUCUAGAAAUGUGUUGUCAGUGUUUUGAAAUUCAUUGCUAGUGUUAGAUUGCCCAGAUCUGACUUUGUGUGUUUUGCAGGAUAGCUAUUGGCUGCUGUGUUCCUGAUGUCAUGCAGACAUUUAAUCCUUUUAUAGAGUCGUAUAACUGGCUCUCUAACUUCGCAGUUCCAUAAAACUGUAUCGCUACAACUUUCUAUCCAGACGUUAAUCUGAUUUUUUAAUUAUUAUUUUGCAGUGUGUUGUUUUUUUUUUUUUGUUUUUUUUUUUAUCACAACAAACUAGCUGAGUAAUUGAGUGUUUUUAUAUGUCUUUCUAAACAGAUGCACAGCAAAUGUAGGUGUUUCAGAAUAACUACCUUUUGUUUUUUUUGUGGGGACUCAAACAGUGGUAAUGCAAAUAAAAAAAAAAAAAAACGUUUACACAUUAUCACAGCGUUUAUUUUUAAGCAGUAUUGUAUCUUACAACUCAGUGAGUUUAUUAGUAAAUGUACAAAUGUAUUCACAAAGUAUCCCAUGGAAAAACUAUCCAGAUAGGCUGUCAUCACAGCUCCAUAGCCUGGUUAUUUUAACGUAUAUUUUAGAAUUAGUUUUUUCAUUAAAAGUGGCUAUUUGAUCAGUCCCAAUCCUAGACUGGUAUGGGUGCAUUGCAAAGCACUGAGUACACCUGUUAGUGCUGUAUAAAUAAAAUAUACAUACACUGUAUACCUACUGCACUUACUGUACCUCCCUUUACUGUAAUGUAACCUGUAAAGUGCUGAGUACACCUGUUAGCGCUGUAUAAAUAAAAUAUACACUCUAUACCUACUGCACUUACUGUACCUCCCUCUACUGUAAUGUAAUACCCUGUAAAGAUGUAUAUAGAGGACCGUAGGCCCAUAUAGUGAUCCUGAAUGGAACUUGGUUUAAUUCAAUCUGUAGAGAGGUGCUCCAGGUCUAAAGUUCUCAUUCUGUCAAGUUGGCCUUUACUGCUCAUACUAGAACCUUGUCUGGUAUUUACUUUUCAUUAUGUAAAUCAGUAUUAUCACAUUGUAGUCCUUGGUUGUAACAGAAUUACCCAGCUACGUGCAUUGCAGUCUGACAGGGUUAUUUCAUAAAGUGAGAAUUGAAAUUUAAAGGGCCACUAUAGUCACCAGAACCACUGCAGCUUAAUGUAUUGCUUCUGGUGUCUAUAUGCUGUCCCUGCAGGCGGAGCACUGUAAAAGCUGCAGUCACUCAGACGGCCACUAGAGGUGCUUCCUAUUUCAGCAGCAUUGGCUUUUCUAUGGGAAAGCAUUGGAUUGGCUGAUAUCCACAAGAUUGAUUUAAACUGGGGCCAGCAAUAGGUCAAUAAAAUACCUUAUUUCUCUGCAGAGAGGUGGGCUGGAUCCCCUCCCUCCAUGUUUGUUUUCCUAACACUAUAGUGUUCCUUUUUAAGGUCAAAAUAGCCGAGCUGGAAACAUUCUCAAAAUCAGCAGCGCUAUCCGUUCAGCUACUCUGGCCUUACAAUAGAAAUUAACUUAGAAUUCUCACAUUCGGGUAUAACUGUGGGUGUGUAUGGCCUGCUAACUGUGAUACUGACCUGCAGGUCUAAACCCUCACACAACAAAAUAUCUCCUUAUAAAAUCUAUCAUGAAAUCUCCCACUCUAAAUUGGGAAAGGUAUUAUUAUUAUUAUUAUUAUUAUUAUUAUUAUUAUUAUAUAAAUAUUAAUGCUUUCUCAGACAUUUAAAAAAAAACAAAAAAAAACACACCCAUAAAACACAGAUCUUCGUGGAUCCAAACACUCUGCAUAUCCAUAAAGGGGUUUUAUAGACCAUGUGUAUAAUGCACCGGUGGCCUCGUUAAAGCAUGAAUCGGUUUCAUUUGUUCUGAUUUUUCUAUAUUUCACUUAACUAGUGAAAUAACACCGGUUCACGAUUCCCCCCCAUCCUAUCCAAUCCCACCCCACCCCACCCCAUUCCCCCAGAACAAGAUAACCAUUUUGAACAUGUACAGGUAAUAAUGUUGUAUUCAUUGCUUGUGAUUGCAGAAUGCCUUUUGGUGAGCAGUGUUUGUGACUGCAGUGGGUUUUAAUACUUUCACCCAAAAUCUAGUGUCUCUGUUGGUGCUGAUGGGGGUCCCAUUUUCACUUCAUUUUGCCAUCCAGGAUUUACAGUCAGAUGGGAUUUUAUCACUGCAUGCAAGCAGGUGUUUAAGCCCCUAAAUCAAUCGGAAUGAUGUUUACCCUGUCCUUUACUCUGUUCUAGAACUAUAACCAGCUCAUUGACCAACUGAGCCUAAGCAUUACUUUUUUUUGUGCCCUUUUGAUAGGGCUAUUUUUUGUAUUUUUUUUUCAAAAUGAAUAUUUUGUAUUUAUUUUUUUAUGUUGCUGACAUUUGGACGAGCUAAAAUGCCAUAUGACCAAAAGUUUGCCAUCCAUAUUUUUUUUUUUUUUGGAUAACAGAUGAAACCCCCCCCAUAAACAACAGGUCAAGUUUUCUUGUGUGUUUUUUUUUUUUUUUGUCUCUUUGUUUUUUUACCUACAAAAAUAGAGUUUUGUAUUGGAAACCUUCAGCCAACGUGGCAUCACAGCCUGCCAGGUUGGGAAAGUUUGUUGUUUACGGUUAAAUGGGGUCAAGCUUUGUCACGUUAUCUCAUGGAUCUGCUAUGUUAGAUUUGUGGAGAGAUCUGUCUUGGAUUUUCACAUACUUGAAACGUUGGACAAGGUGUUGGCUGUGUCUACAUUGUGAUUUUUGCUCUGGAAUGUGAAAUAUAGAAAGAAUCUAACCUAUCUGGUCUGGGAACCAGCUGAGGGUCUCUGUGACCUUAUUAACAAAGAACAUCUUUGUGUGAAUCUUCGAAAUCUUCUAUUGUAGUUCUACCUGUUGCAGAUAUCUCAUGAAUCUCUUAUGUGAGCAUCAUAAAGCUGCCGUGCCCAUAUCAACCACCCCCAAAAAAUGUGGCUGGACCUCUAUCUGCUGCCCAAACAAACUGUGAGACAAAUGCAUUGAAUUCAUGCUGAGUUGGCAAACCAAGCUUGGAAGUUUAAUUGUUAAAGGCAUGGAGUUAUCAUGUUUUUGAUCAUAGUAAAUAUUGUAAAAUAUUCCUUAGAACUAUGUCGUGAGUAAAGUAAACAAAUAUCAAUCGGCCAACGCAUUUGUUACAUCAACAUUCGCGGUCACAUAUAUCGUCUACAACAAAUUGAUAGACGCAGAGGAGUUAGCUUUUCAAAGGGUGACUUGCCAAUGUUGCCCUAUGCAAAAAAAUCUAUAUUGUAUACCAGUUUAUUAGCCACAUAUUCUUUUAAAACCUUAACUUUUUUAGUAAAACGUGAAUUUUGUUUUACUGAAAAUGUAAGCUUUAUUUAUUAAACGUUCUGUUGCCAGGAAGAAUAUAGUAUGUCUGUCUUGUUUUAAGGUACACCUUGACGUUGAUUUAAAUUACAAAGUUACCCAUUUAUCAGGUCUUACAAUUUCAUGUCCCACACUACUAGGUAGGACUUAAAGAUUACCCACCACCGUAAGCCUGGAGGGUCCUAGCUCACUCACCAGGGGUGAAUUUCUAUCCACCAGGGCUAAAUUUUCACUUGCCAGUGGCUAGUUGUAAGUGGACUUUUUAGCCCUGCAUUUAACUUUUUAAAGUGGUUCUGUCCCGUCUGAGCAAUUCAAGGAUAUUGUAAGACAAUGCAGGGGUUACUUUUUCUUAUGGGCAAGUAUGAGGUUGACACAAGGCAGAGCUUUACUGUAAAUGUUUGUCCGAUCCCAACAGACAUCACAAGUGCUGAGUGGGAUUUAGGCUUGAGAUGUAAUCUAUAGGGGCUCUACCAGGACAGACCAUAUGCACGAGAGGACAGCACUGACACAGCUCCUAGUAGGUAAAGCACCAGGAGCCAAAGAAGAUUGGUUAAUUUGUAAGAAAAAAAUCUGACAUUACGCCAAAUAACCAGUAAUUAAUGGUAAGCAAUGCGCCCCAAUUAAAGUGAACAUAGUCAGUCCUGCACCGUCUCAGAACUCCUCAUCAAACCUGGGUUAAAAGGAACAUCACUAUCUAAUACGGCAUUUAAGCAGCAACACAAGUUUUUCAGUUCAAACUCUGGUUUGAAUGUAGUUGAUCCUCUCUGUAAAAUAUUACAAAGUGUUUUUUUUUUUUUUUCAGGCCUCUAAGUGAUAUAAGAAAAUGGCGACCGGCAGUUCGGGUGUCCGUUGUUUUCAAGGCUUCCUCAUUUUUGGCAACGUGAUAAUUGGGGUAAGAUUUUGAAAAAAAUGCUGAUUUGAGUAAUGCGUGAGCUCUCUAAAACGCCUAAAGCCCAGGUCCUGUACUAAAUAAGACAUCCAUUUUACCUGUAUAAAUUUGGACAGUGAUGUGGAGCAGUGCACGCUGGAGCCAAGGUAGCCCAGUGCUCAUAGGCCAUCAUGGAAGGCCAAGUGGUAUAACACAAAAUGCAUGCAUGGUAGAAUCUCUGCACUGUGACAAUUAGUUGGUUAAUUGGUUCUGGAGUUUGGAAUGGAAUAAGACUUUGAUGAGCUGGCAUCUUCAAUUUAUUCAACAGUUCUUAUAUAAUGAUUUUAUCCAGGCUGCUUUACAAUUUAUUCAAAAUUUCAAGCAGGGGAUAAUUAGAUGCAUUUCAACAAAAGGCGAAGAGAAUCCUCCCAGUGAGCUUACAAUCUAGAGAGGAAAUGAGCAUAGAGAUGAAAGGUUGUGGGGAGAAAAUACUAUUUUGAAGUUAGCAGUGUAUCAAUGAUUAUGCUAAUACAAGGAGUACUACUUACUGAUCAAAAUAACGUACAGAGCGAUCCAACAAGCAUCCCAUGCCUCACGCAGGCUAAUCGUCUCCGUAUUCAUUGUUUUAUCUUUCUGCAGAAUUAUCAAUCUACCCAUAUUAAUUCCUGUAGGAUUCUAGCAUGUGGAUAAUAACUCUUUUAUAUUUAUUAUUAUUUUGUUGUUUCGCAGCUGUGUGGCAUUGCGCUGACUGCAGAGUGCAUAUUCUUUGUGUCUGAUCAAAAUGGCCUUUAUCCCCUCCUGGAAGCUACGUACAAUGACGACAUCUUUGCAGCCGCUUGGAUCGGGAUUUUUACCGGUUUCAGCUUCUUUCUGUUGUCGAUCAUGGGAAUCAUUGGACUUAUGAAAUCCAACCGGCGGUUGCUUAUGGCUGUAAGUCUGUCAGUAGAGGGCUUCGUUAGGGGUAUCUAGUCUGUAUCUCACAGAAGCUAUUAUCCAGUGUUCCCAGCAGUCUGGAAACCAGAGGCUGAUCAGAGAUCGUAUAUAUAACAUCCCAGAUAGUUUGAGGCAGUAGACACACUCUUAACACCUAACACCAGUCUCAAAACACCCUUACCUGUACAGAAUAUAGGGAUUACCUAAUGUCCAAGGUGUUGGUUUUUUUUUGUUUGUUUUUUAGAAAAACAAACCAAAAAGCCACCUUAGAUACCACUUCAAAAUCACUAAAUCCUGGACUGGUAGGGUUGCCAUUAGGACUGGUUUGGGAACCAUUGCUCUAACAGAUGAAAGGUCCUUCUUGGGAGUUUAGUGUUUAAAUUAACAUGGGUGUUCACAAUAAAUGGCAAAGGGGGUAAGGUAGUCUUGUCAAAUGUACUCUUCCACUCUGUCAGGAGCAGAUAUAGUCACCCCACAAUGGGUUAUAUCUGCUGCAUUGGAGGCAAGCUGUUGAAUUCCAUAGAAGACACGGCUGUGCAUUGACACCUUGCAUUCUGAAUGGCAUCUGGUGUUCUGGAAAAACUUGUCCAUCUACUCAUUUUAUCUCCUUUGAGCAUUGUUUAGAGACCAUCUAUAUCUUUUCUAAUGUUCAGAAACCUGUGAAUGCUCAGUCUUGCUGAAAUCGUGACAUUCUGUCUGACGCACAAUUUAUAUCCAUUAACUUCGACAUGAUGCAAAUGUUCUUCUAACUCUGAGAGUUCUUUUCCUGCUAAUGUUGUUGCAGAAACGUCCCACAAACGUCUGUAACCCAAUAUGGAAUAAUUCCUAUAUCCGCUGAGAAAGAUGUGUAGUUUCUAAGCUUAUGUUCCCUCUUCUUUCAGUAUCUCAUCUUGAUGUUCAUAGUCUAUUGCUUUGAAGCAGCUUCUGCCAUAACCGCCGCCACGCAGAGAGACUUUGUAAGUACAUAACUCCCUCUUAUCUAAAAAAAACUGUUCUCCAGUAAAACAGUCUUCCCUCACCAGAAAUAUAACUCAUGGGAUGUACCUUAUCUUGUUUAUUAGGCACAUUUCUAAGCAAAACCCUCAAGUAGCAAGUUCUGCAAUCUGCAUGGAGAAACCAUUUAGCUGUCCUGGCCGAGACGAUCAGAUACGAUGGGCUUUCUCUAAAGUAACUUUAUUACAAUGAACCCAUAUGAGGUUCCUAAACAAAUCUGUCAAUUGGGGGCAAUAAACAAGAGACCUGCAAUUAUUAGACCUAAAAUUCAUGGGUCAAUUCACAUUCAUUCCACAGAUUUAUAUGUUCGUCAUCUGGCCAUUCUUGGAACCAUGUGCACUCCUAAGACUUUCCCUGUUAAAUUCUCUGCUCAGAACUCUCUAUUUUAAUAUUAAAAUGCUAUUAACACAAUAUAUAGGCCUAGCUUUAUUUUUAACCAUUUUUAUUUUAUUUUGUUUCCAGUUUAUUCCCGACUUGUUCCUGAAGCAGAUGUUGGAAUCCUACCAAAGCCAAAACUAUAUCGACAAUGACGCACUCAUAAAAAUCCAGGGGGUAACCAGCGUUUGGAAUAGAAUCAUGCUGCUGGCAAGUUUCAUGUAUUUAUUAUGUAAAUCAGGGUUUAUGUACUAUACAGAGUGAAUUGAAAAUGACUUGUAGUGCACUCAGUGUGCUUUUCCUAAAGUUCAUUUUUGUUUUGCUUUUCACUAAAAUUGUAGAGAAUUGGAAAAAGUAAUUUAAACUAAAAUAGCAUAUCUAUAAAAAUAGGAGUGGUGUGUGUUUGUUCCCUAAAUUUAAUUAAUUUUACCUUAACUUUUAUUUAUUUUUUUAAUUUAAUUUAUUUUGGUUUUAAAUUGCUUGACUUGUGUUAAUACCGUCUACGGUUUGCAGAAUAAAUAACGGUUCAGGCACUCUGGGAUAACAGAAAUAUCCACUUUAUUAGAGCAAAAGCAGCAACGUUUCGACCCUACUGGGUCGUUAUCAUGAGCUUGAUAAAGACCCAGUAGGGUCGAAACGUUGCUGUUUUUACCUCAAUAAAGUUGCUAUUUCCGUUAUCCCAGAGUGCCUGAACCGUUAUUUAUUCUGCAUAUCUUGGAAGGGAAGCCUUGCCAGCCCUGGCUUCAGAGCACAUGGGUUAUUUGAUGAGUUUGGUAUCCGGUACGUCUCUACUAUCUGAUACUUUUUAGGUUUGUUAUUGCAUUUCCACCUCUUACUGUGUGUAUUUUUUUUUUUUUUACAUGUCUAACAAUAUCCUUUUAUUUCCACAGAACAAAUGCUGUGGUGUGAAUGGUCCUUCAGACUGGCAGGCCUACACCUCUGCUUUCCGCACUUUUAACUCUGACUCUGCUUUCCCUUGGCCCCAGCAGUGCUGUGUGAUGGAUGGCCUUGGGCAGCCCUCCAAUCUGCUGGGAUGUCGUGUCGGAGUGCCAAAUUACUUGUAUACGAACGUACGUUGCUUAGUUUGCUGUACCUCUGCUCUUCCAUUCAAUAUCAGAGACUUCAAACAAGAAACCUCGGAUUGGGCACCACUGGGUGUGUCCAGAUCAGUAGCUCCCCAUUGAGGAAAGUGAGUGGGGAAAAAAGGUACAUAUCUCACACAUUUCUCAAUGGAGAACGACUGAUAGGCUGAGAACACCAGCCGACGCUUGGGACCACCUCACUCCAUAACAGCUUAAUAACAGAGAAGUUCUUAUAGUGCUCAAACUAUCGCUUUAAUUUGCCUUCACUUUCCUGGCUGAAACAUUUUAAGUACUAACGAUAAACCUCUGCCUCCGCACGUCCCAUUCAAACAUUCCUGUAUGCAAACAAUGUGGUUGGUUUUGCCUAGAGACUUUGAUUGCUUAUACUUGAUGUAUUGAACACUGAGGUCAUUGAAUGGAAACCAUUUCUGGAAUUUUCGCUCAUACAAUUUUUCUCUCCGACAGGGCUGUUAUGAUUAUAUUGGUGGGCCACUCAACCGCCACGCCUGGGGAGUUGCCUGGUUUGGAUUUGCCAUUUUGUGCUGGACGGUAAGUAUACAGAGUUACAUGUUACAUUUUGUAUUUAUUCCAGUUUUUGAGACUUUAGUUGAAGUUGUUUGUCUAUAGUUCAGCCACUUCUCACUCAUGAAAACACCCAAAGUGUACCGUACACAUGCACAGAUAAUAUAGUAUAUGAAAUAUCAAUAGUUCAGGAAUUGGAGAGUAUUCUAUUUUAUUCAAACUGGAAUAUCUGUAAAACAUAAAAAAUACUACACAGUUGGAGUGAGAUGAGAAUCCAUCAUUUAGCUAAAAAUGUGUCAACAUUCAUCGCCCCAGGGUGUUUUUUAAAGGGGCACUCAUGCCCCCCAAAAAUCACUAGUAGAUAUUCCACAACAAAAACAUGCAUUUUUUAAAAAAAUUUUUAUUGGGGUAUAUGUAAAAAACAAAACGCUUGCUAACUUUGCAGAUAUCUUUGCACGCCGCCCAGCCCAGGCUUUCUGUAACUGCCCAACCGUGUCCAACUUCACAAUGAGGUCAAUGAGAAGUCUUUGCAAGGCAGGUGCUCUGGGUAAUUGCUGUGUCUAGCAUUUAGCUCUACUGAGCUAACCGUAACAGGACUGGUUGUCUGACAGCUAGGGGAUGUAACAAGGUUAAUUUAAAAGUGAUAAUUUCUAUUGGAAUCUGCAAUUUUUGUAAAAUGGGGGAAAAAAGACACCCUGCAGCAAGCUAAUGUGCUUUAUUGGUCCUGAGUGUUUUUAAAUUUUGUCUUUCAGUUCUGGUUUCUCCUCGGAACAAUGUUCUAUUGGACACGUAUUGAAUAUUAAUGAAAAUUGUCACCAUCGCUCUUUUAAUGAAGGUCUGCAGUGUGGACUGGUAAAAAUAAGACUAACGUAACACCUUUCCAAACUUGAUUUACUGGAACUAUGAAAUAUUCUUGUAUGGACCUCUCUGGGUGGGAGGGGUGAAGCAUGUAACCGACAGAUGUCCCACCUGUACUACUAUCUUACCUCGAUGUCUUCCUAACUCUAGUGCUUACUCAAUAUUACAAGAUUCAGCGCAGUCUAGAAAUAUAAUUUGGCAACUUGGUUCGUAUGUUUCUCCCAAUCAGGACUGAUGGAGAAUGAGCCAGUUUUUUUUUUUUUUUUUUUCUUCAUCAUCCUAACUCUAUGUUCAUGUGUUUUAACUGUAUAUUGUCACAUUUUUGCCAUUUCCAUUUUUAUUUGAUUUAUUCUAAACUUUUUUUUUUUUUUUUUAAUUUGCGGAUUAAAGUAUAAACAAUUAAUGUGUUUAAGUGUUCUUGGCAAAAAAAAUAUUGCAGUUUGGUUUAUUACCUUUCUACACAUCUACACCAUCUUUGAUAGUGUUACAUAAAAAUAGCGCUUACAUUAACACAUUACUUUUUAAGCAAGUAUCUUUGACAUUUUCCUAGGAACUAUGUUUUACGUGACCCUUGAAUGUGAUCCAAGCAAGAUUUUGAAUGAUUUAUUGAUGACCCACAAAUAUUACCUUUCAUCUUCUUUUCAGCACAUUUACAAAAUAUAUGAUUGGUGAUCAUUAAUUAAAAAACAUAUUUGCACAUCUUUAAAAAAAAAAAAAAAUACACAUUCGUACACUAACAGGUCAACAUGAUACCCACAACUGGUCUGCGUUCAUUUCUUUCUUUACCAGUGAGCUGCAUGAGAUUAUGCCCUUCAUGAGUUAAAUAAAUCACUUUUGGGUCUUUCUAAACCUGUGCGGAUCAAAGUGUACUUGGCUCCACCACUUAGCCUAAAAUGGAGGUGUGUUGUGUUACAGUGCCUGACCUAGUAUUAAUCAUAUUUUUGUAAAUAAAAAUCAUUUUCACUGCUGACUUGUAAUGAAUGCAUGUUUAGCAGGUUUUUAGCUGUUAACUAAUUGAAGUGCUUGUCAUCUUCUCCCUGGCAUCUGGACACAUCUGGUGACAUGUAGAAAGUAUAAUAUAUUUGUCAAUGAAAUGAAACUGUUUACAGUAUACACCACUAUCAAUCUCUUGAACAGUCUUUCAUUCAGUGUAUUUUAAAUGGACAUACAGUGUUGGUGGAACAGAAGUACGGUGGAUGUAUUACAGAGUGCAAUUCAGAUGGUGGAGCAAUGUUUCAUUUCUGAUUUAAGGACCAUUUAUAAAGCUUGUAUAUAAUAAUAGUACCUGUGAAUGCACCAGGGCAAGAGGUCAAGAACUGUUUGGGUUGGUUGCACAUUUACUUCAUUCUACCCCUUUUUAGAGUGUUUCCAACUAAUAUUGUGAUCAAUAUAAGGAAAGGGCAGACGUCUACUCCAAGGUAACCUGGACGAAUUAAAAUUGUCUGAUCUUUGGAUACAAUUGCUCAUCCCUCUAGAUAUUUUAUACCUUUUUGGCAGCAGUAACGUGGCUUAGUGUAAUUGAUUAUGUGCCACUGAGACACAUAAAAUCACUAGUUUGUUGUUUGCGGUUUUUGAAUAUUUCAAAUCGCUGAAUUGCAUCAUAUAUACCAAAACAUUUUUCGGUCUUCAUAGCCUGGUUAAACUUGGCAUUAAAGC